ACAAAAAGGGCCGAUUUAUGACUGUAAUAAAUGAAACAGCCUAUGAAUCUGUAUACUAGAAACACCAAAUAAAAAAUCUUUUACAACAAGCUAGAUACAGUAGGUAAAAAAACCCCGUAACAUACAAAUAAAUAAUUAAAUUGUAAAAAUUCGGAAAUAAUAAAGGAGAUACAAAUAAUUAUAUUGUAAAAUUAUAUAUUUCCAUGUUAAAUUUACGAGACAAUCACGUGGCGGCUCAGUAAAACUGCCAAAUCAGUUGAAAUGGUUUACGGCGCAUGUCUUCGGCUAUUUUUAGAAUGAAGAAAUUCAUAUCGUGUUCGAAUCUUGUUCUCCAGACGGAAUUUGCGCCUGGACACCGCGUGAUCUACAUCGAUAUGAAUGUUGAAAGUGUUUGUAGACUGUGCUCUUCUAACAGUGAAAACAAUAAACUUUUUUGUGUUUUUAGUUGUUAUGUUGGAAAUAAAAGGAAAAGUGUUAGGGAUAUUAUAUCGACAAUUAUCGGAAUAGAGAUAAAUAAAGAGGAUACAAUAUCUCAAAAGAUAUGUACGAGUUGUGGAAAACACCUUGUACAAUUGUAUAAAUUUCGUGAAAAAUCUCUGAAAAAUGACAGGUUCUUAAGGGAACUUCAGAAAAAAACCGCCGAAAAAAACAUAAUUCACAAUAGCGUCGUUCAACUUUUUAAAACUUACCCUUAUCUCAAAUUACCUAACGAUAGUUUGAAUUUAGAUUUUUCGCCAAUCGUAGAAAUGGAUUUAAACGAAGUCGAAAAUUAUUUCGAAAGUAAAAAUAUCCGUUUGAAAAAUCACAUUCGAAGGGUAAUGGAGGACAAAAAAAUCAAAGAAGCCGUUUCUCCAAUAAAUAUCAAAUUUAGAUUAGAUAAAUCAGCUUACGAAAUUAUUCGUAAACCCCUGUAUUAUACAGUAGACGACGAAGGGAAACUUCAAAACGAAAUAAUAGAUCUUAUAUCAUCAUCCCCUUCUAUAAGUGAUACAAUUAAUAAUAGAAAAAGAAAAAUUGACGACGAUAUAAAUAUUUAUUUGCAAAAUGAAAAAAUAGAUUCAAAAAAAUUUCAAAAUAUUGAUAACUCCAAAAUAACACCAAAUGUCAUUUCUAACCCCACACUCACAGAAAAUAUAAACAAAAAUAUUUUAAACGUCGAAAAUAAUCAAGAUAAAACUUUUUCGUAUCCCCCCGUAAAACAAUUUAUUAAACCUCAAAACGAACCAACAUUUUGUUGCCAUUUUUGUCGAAAUACAUUCGAAACAAAAACAUUCACAAUUCAUUACAAAGCAUGCGCAAUAAACAAUAUGCCCGACGUAUUAGUGGAUAAAUUAGAAAAUAAUAAAACCGCUGAAACAAUGUACCGUCGAGCUAUAUCUAAUCUUACAGAACCGGUAAUCGAAAUUACGAAUAGUACCUAUUCUAAUAUUAAUUAUGACAUUGAAACACGACAAUUAAUUCGACAAUUAUUAACAAUCGAUAAAAAUUUACGUCCAGCUGAACGAGACACUCAAACCGAUUUAAAACCGAACGAAACCGAUUUAGAAUCGAUUAAUACCGAACAUGGUAUAACAUCAUCGGUUAUAUUAAAAAAUUUCAAACCAUAUCUCGAUUUAUAUAAAAUUCCAGUAUCGAUUAAUAUCGGAAACAAAUUAUCUGUCAAAUAUAGUUAUAAAAACCCGCCUGAAACGAUACGAAAAUUUAAAGAUUGGAAUAACCUCACUCCCAUAGAUGUUAAAAUUACUAAAGAAACUAAGGAAUUGAAACAAAGUCAAGAAGCGGGACUAUUAGAAAAUUUAGAUACUAUUAAGAAACUUCUCGAUUCGGUUGACACUAGUGCUACGAUGCACGACAACGUUGCCGAGUCUCAUUCAUCGACUGAAAAUAUCGUAUCUACAAAUAUUAAUCUAAACGUACCUAGCUUCGGUUUAAGAUACGAGUUGGAACAAAAUCACGAUGAUAUUGUAAAACCUCAAAAUAUACAAUUUCCAUCGUAUUCUCCAUGUACUAAAGAUAAUUUUUAUGAUUAUCGAAACUAUAAUAAUUCAUCGAACUGUCUACCUCCUGGAUACACGAAUGAAUCUCAAAAUGGUAUGUUGUACGAUCAACAUUUUGACAAAUAUCCAAAUGUAACUUCGAACGUUAAUAAUCAAAUUCCGAUUCGUAAUUCUAAUAAAAUUUGGUAUCCUCCAUUACCUUCUCACAACUUUAUUCCUAGUAUAGAAACGAAACAAACCGUGUUCCAGUUAAAUCCGAAUAGAAUGCAACCCGUAAUACAGAGAAUACGUAAUGAUAAUUAUCAUUUGAAUUCUGCGCAAUCGAAUAUGUAUAGUGGUUCGUCUAAUAAUACGUAUUAUAAUAAUUAUCAACAAAACGCAAAUCGUGGUUAUAGUGUUAAUAAUAACGGAAGUGGUAAAAUAGUUACGCAAAUGCAUUACAGGGAUGCUCAAUAUUCGAGACACAAUUUAAACCAAAAUUGUAUUAAUAAUAAUUCUUCCAGUAUUAGAGUUCGACCGAUUAGUGAUUUAAAAUGAAAAUAAAAGUUGGAAUUUCAUUUAUAUCAAAUUGAUAGAUUUUGUUUUUGGUUCUGGAAAUAAUUUUGAAUAUAUAGGGUGAUUAGUUAUUUUAAAGUUGUUUGACAUAAUAUAGGGAUGUUUUUGAAAACAUUAACAUAAAUAUAGAGUUAAUUUCGAUAACCUUUUCAAUAUAUUUUAUAUAUAUAGGGUAGUUUAAGAGAUUUUAAAGAAAUUUGACGUAUAGGGUGAAUUUUUGAGACGUUUUCAAGACACUUGACAUAUACAGGGUGAAUCUCUUGAGACAUUUUGAAGUAACUUGACAUAUAUGGUGAAUUUGACGUAUAGGGUGAAUUUUUGAGACGUUUUCAAGACACUUGACAUAUACAGGGUGAAUCUCUUGAGACAUUUUGAAGUAACUUGACAUAUAUGGUGAAUUUGACGUAUAGGGUGAAUUUUUGAGACGUUUUCAAGACACUUGACAUAUACAGGGUGAAUUUCUUGAGACAUUUUGAAGUAACUUGACAUAUAUGGUGAAUUUGACAUAUAGGGUGAAUUUUUGAGACGUUUUCAAGACACUUGACAUAUUUAGGGUGAAUUUCUUGAGACAUUUUGAAGUAACUUGACAUAUAUGGUGAAUUUGACGUAUAGGGUGAAUUUUUGAGACGUUUUCAAGACACUUGACAUAUACAGGGUGAAUUUCUUGAGACAUGUUGAAGUAACUUGACAUAUAUGGUGAAUUUGACGUAUAGGGUGAAUUUCGGAAACGUUUUCAAAUAAUUUGAAAUAUAUAGGGUGAACAUGGAAAACGUUUCCAAAGAAAUUAACAUAUAUAUGGUGAUUCUGAGAAAUUUCACGGAAAUUUGACAUAUAGGGUGAGUUCUUGAGAUAUUUUCGAUGCUCUUGACCUAUAUAGGGUGAAUCUCUUGAGACAUUUAAAAGGAACACUUGACAUUUAUGGUGGAUUUGAGUUUUAAACGAAUUUGACAUAUAUAGGGUGAAUUUUGCGACAUUUUAAGGAAAUUUGACGUAUGGGGUUAAUCUCUGAGAGGUUUUAAUUGUACUUAAUAAAAAAUUAUUGAGUUUCGUUGAUAUAAAAUAUGUUCGUUCUCCUACUACUUCCGGUUGAACCGUAUUUGGCAUCAGCGCAUACAUUGACUUUAAUAAGAUAUCGAGAGUUAUCUUUCGAGUGUUGGUUCCAUCAAUUUAUCUUUACUCCUAUACGUAAUCGACUUUAGAAAUACUAUAUUUGAUAAAUACAAAUAUUUAAUACCAAACAACCUCGAAAAAUUCAUAAAAAUCCCAAAUAAUAAGUUUUUCCGUAGAAUUAGUAGACUUGGCAACGCUGUUUAAGUGCUAUAAUCAUAAGAACGCGACGUACCACAAAACUAAACGCACGCGCGUUAUUUGACCUUGAGUACAACCGAAUAUACCGAGAGCAUAAGUUUAAAAACUACACUGAGAUAAAUAAAUAUUUUUUUAUAUGGUAAUGUAUUGUUGAAUGGUUUUUGUAAAUUCGACAUACUUGUUUUUAUACUUCGUGUUUGUCAAAUUUCUGCCAUAACUUAAUUAUAUAAUAAUUAAGCACCUUGUAUAACGUAUCGUUUAAUUUUCUACGUAAAUGUUGAUGAUGAUGAUAAAGCUUUUAACAAGAAAUCAUAAUUUUUGUCAACAAUGCUUUUUUUUUUUGUUAAUAAAGCUGAAUAAUCAUUUUUAAAAAGAAAACCGAUAUCAUAUGGAUAUGAUAGUACGGGCGAUUGGUUCGUUUGAGUUAAUUAGAUGUAGAUACUUUCCAUUAUUGUUUUUUGGUGGAAAAGUUCUGGUUCGAAUCCGCCAAAUUAUGGAUACUGUCGUAUAAAAAUUUGGGAAAAUGUUUCUAUAUAUUCUAAUUUUUAUAUUUUUGUUAUUUUUUUAUUUUAUAUUUUUAUAAGACUGUUAAUUUUGUAUAAAUAAAACUUGAUAUUUA